UUUAGGAAUCUUUAUUUACUGUAGUAUCAGUAUUUCCUGUAGUAACGCCGUUGGGAGGCGCGUCUAUAGCAACAGAUUUGCAGACACAAGCACAAAGCCAUGCAUCUGUACUUUUAUUAGCUGUUGCACCGGUUAUUCUGGACCUGUAUACACUAAUGUACUAAUGAGUGAUUAAACCGAAGUGUUUGCUUGCAGAUUUUUUGUCAUGCUUCAAAUCCCAAUGUCAGAAUAUGAGCGCAAACAUCUGUCGACUCUGUCGAGACUUUCUGACGACGAUAUCGAUCAUAUUUGGUCGCUCGUGUCGUGUUUUAUUAAGCAACAGAUGUUCAUGCGAAAGGGGGUUUAUAUCCUCGGUUUAGGGACUUUCACGUUCUGUCAGCAGAAACUCAACCUCGGGAACAAACAUAUUCUCAUACAGAGACCUGUUUUCAUCCUGGCAGAGAAACUCUCUCAUUAUUAUGGAUUUAAACAGAUCAAACCACAGGCGACAGACGUGCCGGUGGGGCCACUCAACUUCUCGGCCCUGAGUGCCGAGGGCCCGUUCCAGCGAGACGCAGUGGAGAGAUGCGUGCGAGAAACCCUUCACCUGCUGCUCCGUGCCGCAGCCACUCGACCGUCUGUCUCGCACGCUUUUCCUGGGAUCGGAGUCCUGACUUUCCGGCAAAGCCGAGUCAAGAUGCUGUUCUGCCGUGACUUCAUCUCAGCCUUAGAUGGCACUGGGAAACUUUCCUCAGCUUCAGCCAGCAGACCGGAGUCGAGGAACUCUAGAGAAUCUAAGAGACGCUGCAAUGUGCCGCGACCUGCGACCUUCAGCGGUGCCACGCUUCCCAGAAUAUCAGCAGGAGAAGCCCUGAGAAAACCGCUGCAGACUGAUGAAGAUGAUGAUGAUGGUGGAUGGGGUUUGUCAUGAGGAGAUCUGGGCUCAUGCUGACAGUUUGAGGAAAUAUGGUAGCUCUGUACUGUUCUGUGUUAGACUCACUCUCAUCUCAUUAUAUCUGCAACAGAGAAGCGUCAGCCAGCGGACAGAGCGACUGUGACUGACCUCACAGACGGGCUGGAGGACAAACGGCCAGCAAACAC